GCACAAAUUCGUCCCACUGCCAUUUGGGAUCAAAGACAUAGCCGACUCUUAUUUUCAGAGGACGAUCGGACUAGCCAUUUCCAAGUGGCCAGAUCUGACGGUUUGGCUUGACAAGCAGGAGUUCAACCUUACCAAAGCGCAGGGCGAAGACAUACUGUCGGCACUGAUGCGCGAUUGGGACGUAACCGGAGAUCUCAGUGCCUUGGAUCAACGCCUGGAACAGAUGCACACGUCAGGACACCCGAGUCUGCGGGUCGAAGAAUCCUUCGCGACGCGAGUCCUCAUGUCUCUCCGACACUGCAAAGUCGAAGGGGAAAGCGGCUACGUAUCCGAUGCCCGUCGUGUCGACACAAUCAAGAGCGCCUACAAUGCUGUCUUGCGACUGGACACAAAGGGUAUGCUGGACUUCAACUUCCCAGCUCUGGUCGAGAAGGCUAUCCUGACCCUUGCUCAGCGGGAGAGCGGCACAGACGCUGCCCGCAUCUACCAUUUCGUCGUACAUGAGACUGACGAUACCUCUGGAUCUACGAAGCUCGCUAGAUGGUUCGCUUAUUUCCUUUUGCGUCAAAUGCAAGCUGCGCGCUUCCUCAAGGGCUGCACUCUGAAGUCGGACAGUGCACCCGAUUGGACAAAAGCAAAUUCAGACAGGACUGAGGACGAUGUUCUCGGCGUUCUGCUUCUCCCGGCCAUUGUCGACGACACUAGCGUUCUCGUCUACGCAAAAGCUCACGGUUUAGUCAGCGACUGGCCGCAGUUCCUCGCUCGAGUAGCAAGAUGCUUACUGCUUGACCCUCUCAAGGGCAAGCUGCUCAAAGCAAUCAGCAAAUGGUGCAAAGUUGCCGGCCUAUCGCACUUUCCAGCCGUGCUCGCGCAGGCUGUUGAGAGCCAUGGAGCGUCGCUUUUAUCGAACUUGGGGUUUCCCACGUAUCGCGACUGUUCUGAGCUCCACCCAGCACCUCUACCGCACUGAAAGUCCACGAGAAGGCUUCUUCCUUCCUUUGGAACAUUACACCGACUUCGAGAAAGAGAGUGCGACAUCCGAACUUCCAGAGCUUUUCCGGCUGGGCG